AGUGGCGGCGCUAGCAGUGAGCGGCAUGCUACAGUUCUUGCUUGGUUUUACUCUUGGCAAUGUGGUUGGGAUGUAUCUGGCUCAGAACUAUGAUAUUCCUAAUAUUGCAAAGAAGUUGGAAGAUUUUAAGAAGGAUGUGGAAGCCAAGAAGAAACCUCCUAAUGACAAGUCCUGAAAGAGCAGUGUUCCCCAGGUCAACUCUGUGUGCACCAAGGAUGCAAUUUACCUUUCAGGCAGCAAAGGUCAAGUAGAGGGUUGGCAUGGGAGGUUCCUCUGCUCUUAGUCUUCUAGAACUGGAAUAUCCUUCUUUUGAGAGGGCAGCCGUGAGCUUUUCCUGGAACUGAUUUUCAAGGGUUUCAGAAUUUGGAUUUGCAACUGAUGCAUGACUAGAUGAUAUCGUUUGUAUUUUUCAGUAUUUCUUUUCCUAAUAUUUUGUAACCUGUUGCUACCUGAUCCAGCUGGAGUACUUUUGGUCCUGUUACAAUGUGUACCUCACACUUGAUAAUACCUGAGCUCUUAGAACAGCACAAAAAAAAUUAAAUGCAUCAAGAAGUAA